AAAACUAGAUAACUAGAACCCUUAAACCCCUUCCUCGCUAAACCCUCAACACAGCGGCCCGCCUACCGCUCCCAGCGAUCGUCCCUCUGCUCUUCACGCUAUCAACGUCGUUGCUGCGUCCUCUGGUCCUGGUUGCUUCUGCUCUCUCCUCCGCCGUUCCCCCUGGUCCUUGUCCCUGCGUCCGCUGGUCCAUUCCUUCUGCCUUCCGGUGCUGCUUCUCGCCGCUGGUCCUCGUCCUCAAUCAAGCCGCUGCUGCUCCUCGUCACUACGUCCUCGGUCACUGCAGGUUUGAACGGUAGCAACUCGCAUAAAGGUUACUUCAAGUGACCUAGAAAACAGCAGAGCACCAAGAAGAAGAGAAGAAGUAAAAGUGAGGAAAAUGCCUCUGGGGGAUAAGGUGGGAUGGGAAAAGAGCGAAUCUCGGUACUGUGGAGUGGAAACAGAGUUCAAUGAGGACAUUCCUCAGCUUCUCUCGUAUAAUAUCUCCUCGGGUGGUUUUGACUUUGUCGUUGCUCCUCUGAUGGAUCCGACUUAUAGACCAAGCUUGGUGGGAAAAGAUACUGGCAGAUCAUUUGUUCUACCUUUUGCUGGGUCAGACUUAGUUUUGAGUCCCUCUCAAUGGAGCAGUCAUGUUGUGGGAAAAAUUAGUUCAUGGAUUGACUUGGACUCGGAAGAUGAAACUCUUCGGAAGGAUUCUGAAACAACUCUGAACCAAGAAAUAGCAUGGGCUAAUCAUCUUUCCUUACAGGCAUGCCUGCUUCCUUGUCCUAAGGGUGCAUCCUGUGCUAAUUACGCUAGGUGUGUGAAUCAGAUUUUACAAGGCUUGAACAGUAUGCAGUUGUGGCUUAGGAUACCACUUAUGAAGACUGAACAGGAUUCAAUGGAUGAAAACUCAAGUAAUUUGAUUGAUUCUUGGGAACUAUGGAAUUCAUUUCGCCUUCUUUGUGAACAUCACAGUCAGUUAGCCAUUGCACUUGAUGUUUUGAGUUCCUUACCAUCAGUGAACUCACUAGGCCGUUGGUUUGGAGAAUCUGUUAGGGCAGCUAUAAUACAUACUGAUUCUUUCCUAACAAAUGCACGGGGUUAUCCUUGCCUCUCUAAGCGUCACCAAAAGCUUGUUACUGGUUUCUUUGACCAUUCCGUACAGGUUGUCAUUUGUGGAAAACUUGUACACAGCAGCCCAAAGGCAAGCUCAAAUGUAGUUGCGAAUAAUUUUGAUAAUAACGUUGAAAGUGUGCAGGGGCAUCCCUUGAGGCUAUACUUGGACUAUGUUGGUUUCCUCUUCCAGAAAAUGGAUCCCCUUCCCGAGCAAGAACGUUUUGAGCUUGGAUACAGGGACUUUCUUCAGUCUCCAUUACAACCACUCAUGGACAAUCUAGAGGCACAAACAUAUGAGACAUUUGAGAAAGACUCUGUAAAAUACAUCCAGUACCAAAGGGCAAUCAGUAAAGCUUUGCUGGAUAGGGUCCCUGAUGAAUCAAGCAUCACCACUGUACUGAUGGUUGUUGGAGCAGGACGUGGACCCCUUGUCAGGGCAUCAUUGCAGGCAGCUGAAGAAACUGGACGCAAGCUAAAAGUAUAUGCAGUUGAGAAAAAUCCAAAUGCAGUGGUUACCCUUCAUAGUUUGGUUAAGCUGGAAGGAUGGGAAGAUAUUGUUACCAUAAUUUCUUGUGACAUGCGUCACUGGGAUGCUCCUGAGAAAGCUGAUAUCUUGGUUAGUGAAUUGCUUGGAUCAUUUGGUGACAAUGAGCUAUCACCUGAGUGUCUUGAUGGUGCCCAAAGGUUUUUAAAGCAAGAUGGAAUCUCAAUACCAUCAUCGUAUACAAGUUUCAUCCAACCAGUGACAGCUUCAAAACUCUAUAAUGAUGUUAAGUCGCACAAAGAUCUUGUGCACUUUGAGACUGCAUAUGUUGUCAAACUACAUAACAUAGCUAGGCUUGCUCCUUCUCAACCUGUCUUUACAUUUACUCAUCCAAAUUACACAUCUAAGAGAAGCAAUCAGCGUUACAAAAAGCUGCAGUUUGAGAUAGCAAAUGAUGCUGGGUCAGCCUUGGUGCAUGGAUUUGCUGGUUACUUUGACGCAACGCUCUAUAAAGAUGUACAUCUUGGCAUUGAACCAUCAACGGCAACACCAAACAUGUUUAGCUGGUUUGCCAUAUUCUUCCCGUUAAGGACGCCAGUAUGCAUACAACCUGGUUCUCCUCUAGAAGUGCAUUUUUGGCGCUGUUGUGGUGCAUCAAAGGUUUGGUACGAGUGGUCUGUGACAUCUCCCAGUCCGACAGCUGUUCACAAUAGCAAUGGACGUUCAUAUUGGGUUGGACUUUAGGUUUAGGCGUAACUAAAUUCUCCAAAUACGUGUUUAAUGAUUAGUUCUACCAACCUCUCGGAACGUGAUGAAACUAAGCCAAGAUUUGCUUGAUUCAGUCUUGUGCUCAUGUACAAGUUACAGUUUGACUAUAUCAUGUCAUGUAAUGUUUGAGCAAGUUUUAUAUCUUUUACUUUUACUCGAGCAAAACAUCAGUUCAAGAUAGCUAGAACAAAAUGGUUGGAGUGUGAGCCACAGCAGCUUGCACGUCUUGCUAAGUCUCAUAUAGUGUCGACUGUCAAUUUUAGUCAUUUGUUUUCUUAUAUGUAAAGGUCAGAAAAUGGAUUCACUUGCUAAUAGUGAUGAUAAUGGACACUAAAGCUGCAAGCUCUUAGUUUUGA